UUUAACGGACCUGUUGACCUUGUUGCAAAUCGCGGUUGUUGUGAUCGACAUGAUGGACGACUCAGAAACCUACAAAUUAUGGAGGAUUCGAAAAACCAUUCUUAAGAUGUGCAAAGAUAGGGGUUAUCUAGUAAUGCCUAAAGAAUUAGAACAAUCACUCGAAGAUUUCAAAGCAACAGUCGGAGAUCCACCAACGAGAAAGGAUCUUCUCAUGGUUGUUAACCAUGAAGAAGAUCCUGCUGAUAUGUUAUAUGUGUUCUUUCCAGAAGAAGAGAAAGUUAACAUGAAAACUGUCCGGGCAUAUUUGAAUCAAAUGCAACAAGAUAGUACUUACAGAGCAAUUUUGGUCCUUCAAGAAAAGGGUCUCACACCUUCUGCAAAGACAGCUAUCGCGGAACUUUCGUGUAAAUACACUUUGGAGUGUUUCUUUGAAAAUGAACUAAUGGUCAAUAUAACGGAACAUCAGUUGGUUCCGCAACACAACGUUCUCACACAGGAAGAAAAGAAAGAAUUGCUCGAACGAUAUAGGUUAAAGGAAAAUCAACUUCCCAAAAUGCAAGCUAGCGACCCUGUUGCUCGAUAUUAUGGUCUAAGAAGAGGUCAAGUUGUACGAAUUACUCGGCCAUCAGAAACAGCCGGACGAUAUAUCACUUAUAGGAUAGUUUUGUGAAUAAAAUUGUGUACAGAUUCUGAAUUUUUGAAAUUGUAUUUUGGGUCUAAAGUCAUACGUACUAGAUUAUUUCAAAUUUAUUAAUUCAUUGCUGCUUUUAUUAUGUUGUAUUAAACAAAUAGUCAUUGUUCAAAUGAUCGUUAGUCUGAAAAACUUUUAAAGUUUUUAAAACUGAUCCACCUACAGAUGUUACUCACUGAAGCUAAAAGAACCUUUCAAGUAAUUUGUACUAUAUUUAAUAACUCUGACAGUUCGCUAUACAAGUUGUGUUAUGGUGGACAAAAUUGAAUAAUUAUGCAACUUUUUCAUUUAAUUUCCGUUCUUCACCUUGAUUACCCGUUUGUUAACUGAAAAUUUACUCAUAGUCAUGUUACCUUAUUGGGAUAUUUUGUGUACAGCUAAUAACUGUAAUAUCUUAGUAUAUAUAUUCACAUAGUGAGUGAGCCAUAA